CGUCUUUCCUUCCGGCUUUCUCCUGCAACCAACCUGCAACAGAAAGCCAAAACUUCCACAAUGCUCCGCUCUUUAGGCACACGACUCGCCAGCACCGCAGCAGAUGGCGCCAAGUUCAAGGUCGUUGUCGUUGGUGGUGGAUCUGCCGGCUUGUCCGUGGCAAACCAAAUCUUCAACCGGUUCAAGGCGGCUGGUACCCCAUUGAACAGUGGUGAUAUUGCUAUCAUCGACAAUGCAGAGAACCACUAUUAUCAGCCCGGCUGGACUCUCGUCGGUGCAGGUCUCAAGCAGAAGACAGAGUUCGUUCGUCCGCUUCAAUCGCUCAUUCCGAGUCAUAUUACCCAUAUCUCGGACAAAGUCAAGGCAUUCUCGCCUGAGAGUUCCUCCCUUGCAACUAUACAUGGGAGGAACAUUGGAUAUGAGUCCCUCGUCGUUGCAGCUGGUAUCAAAAUCAACUGGGACGCAGUCAAAGGCCUCCCUCAAGCACUCAUGAACAACACCUCUGGGGUUUCUAGCAUUUAUUCCUACGAAACUUGCGAUAAAGUCUGGUCAGAUAUCGACGCUUUACGCUCAGGAAACGCUAUAUUCACACAGCCGGCUGGCGUUAUAAAAUGCGCAGGGGCACCUCAGAAAAUAAUGUGGAUGGCUUGGGAUCGGUACCGCAAGACGAGUCGGGGCUCCAAGGUCAACGUCGACUUCUAUACCGGCAUGCCCACAAUGUUCAGCGUCAAAAAAUACUCAGAGGCGCUCGAUAAACUUCGUAUCUCUCGAGGCGUUGGCGGCUUUUUCGGUCACAACCUGGUCGCGGUGGACGACGCCAACCAUAAAGCAACGUUCAAGAAGGGGGAUGAAACUGUGGUCGUGGACUACACUAUUUUGCACGUUGCUCCGCCCAUGGGACCUUUGGAUUUCAUCAAAUCCUCGCCAAUCGCUGACAGUGCUGGAUGGGUAGAUGUAAAUUCUGCCACCCUCCAACACAACAAGCCAGAAUAUAGUAACAUCUGGGCCAUUGGUGACUGUUCCUCCCUGCCGACCGCAAGUACCUGUUUCUCUAAAACGGCGGCAGCCAUCACAGCGCAGGCUCCCGUCCUUGUCGAGAAUCUAUACUCAGUCGUCAGUACCGGUAAACUGAGCUCUGCCACAUAUGAUGGGUACACCAGUUGCCCUCUGCUGACGGGCUAUAACGAGCUUAUGCUGGCGGAAUUCAAAUACGGACUAGAGCCUAAGGAGACUUUCUCCGCACAGUUUGAUCAGGCAAAGAGCAACAGGCUAUUCUAUCACUUCAAAAAGGAUUUGUUCCCGUGGGCCUACUGGAACUACAUGGUGCACGGAAAGUGGUUUGGCACCAGCGGUCCUUUCCGACCGAAGUACGCGUAG